CCUUCGUGAUCCUAUAAUUUUUGCACUGAAAGCAAAAGGCAUCUGGGCUUUGUUGCAGCAAAUGCACUUCGUACGUCCCGGGGAAGCAGAGACGGGCGUAGGAUCUCUUUUGCAGCCAGUGGUGAAGAAAGCGCGUUUUGGUUGUUUUUGCAAGGAUUAGAAAAAAAAGGGGUUGGGACAAGGAUCUACAGAGCCAAUAAACCACCCUGGCUUAGUUACACUUGGAGCUGGUCUUUCGCUUUGCCCAGAUCGUUAUCGCUGCACGGACUUUUCUCUUGGGUACUGAAGAAUGCAAGGCUUCCAGCAGAGCUGAGUUUGAGGAUCAUGCCAUAAUGAGGAACGAUCCGUCGGUGAUGUUGUCUGCCAUCGCUAGGGCAAGGGGCCUAUUGAGAAGCAGCGAGCCCAGCCUUCUCUCUCCAGCGGCACCCCAAGCAGCUUCCUUAUUAGAAGAAGCGGCUGAACUCCUGGUUUUGGACAGGGACUUUGCUGCAGCGGUGGACAGAUGUGAGAAAGGCUGCCAGAGCCUUUUGGAACCGGAGGGCGAUUCUGACGGAUCCAGCUCUGAAGAUCUGAAAUGCUCCUUGUGCAUUGUUGGUAUCCAAGCACUGGCAGAGAUGGAUCGAUGGAGAGAGGUCCUCCCAUGGAUUCUUCAGUACUACCCCAAACCUGAAUGUUGGCCUCCCAAAAUUCUGGAGCUCUGCAUCCUUCUCCAUAGCAAAGUGGAAGAACCUCAUGUGGUAUUAGAGGUUGGUGGGGACUGGUUAUACUGCCCAUCCAAUCAGAACUUGUCAAGUUAUGGCCUGUUGGCUCAGCUUUAUCUCUUUCAUGUGCUCUUGCCACUCGGACACUUUUCAGCAGCAGAGGGGCUGAUCCAAGAUUGCAAAGCUUUGAGCCAAGAGCAGCAAGAAGACAUGCACAAAAUCCUUCAAGAGAAGAAGGAUCAGUGGCUACAGAAAGAAGAAGCAUCUCCAAUUCCUGAGGAGCACCCAGAGAUAUCAUGGAAGCUGCAUUUGGGUUCAGCGUCUCAAAGGAUAUUGAACAUCUUGGUCCAGCUGAGAAGAAUGCUGGAGUCUUUGGCAAGCCAGUUCAGAUCCCUCCCCUUCAAAAAGACACUUCUGGUGGCCUUCCUGCUGUGUCUCAUUGUAGUGAGACUUGACCCAGCAUCUCCUACUUCUCUACCCUUCCUCUACAAGCUGACCCAACUUUUCCAUCAAGCCCAUUUGUCUUUAUUUCCUCCAAGCAGAAGACCUCCUGUUCAAGACUAAGCUAGCUUUGUUGUUGUUAUCUCUGGAUACCGCGAAACGCUCCCAAGCCAACACUGCAGGUUUGGGGACAAUGCUGAGCAUAAAGCUACAGGAAUUUCCUCAAAGACCAAAAAUGUCUUCUGAAGUGCAUGUGGCUGGUUGAAAUGCAGGAGUCCACGUGAAGUGGUGUCUCUUGUAUUGAAAUGUGCUGUUGUGCUCAUUCCUGUUUAGAAGCAUGUUCUGUUUAAGUGAGUGACGCUUGCUUCCAAGUAAACAUUGAGAUCAAGGU